AUGGCCGAGUCAAAUGAGUCCUCUCAGUUUCUCCUCCAGCCUCUCGCCUCAACGACAGCGACAAGACGAUCUCAUAAUGGCAACCAUGAUAGCGACGGCAAUGCUCGUGAUCGCGCCUACGAUACAGACGAGACACAUGGAGAUGUUUCUUUCGUGACAACUGGAAUUGGCGGAAACGACAGCCAUAGUGCUCCCCACAAACGCGGCCACAGCACUGAACCAUCCCCUAAAGCCACUGGCCUGCUCAUCCGAGACACGGCCACCAAGGACAUCAACAAAUCACCUUCACAGCGCCGUCAACAGAAAGGCAACAUCUUUUUAAUAUGGAGCCUAGAGCUGGCCCUCCUUCUACUGGCUGCUGGGCUAUUGGCCUCCAUCUACGGCAUCUUGAGCGCGUACAGCGACGAUGAAGUGCCCAACUGGGAUGGUAACAACAACGGUACUGGUGGCGCAGGCAUCACGCUCAACGCCCUCGUCGCUAUCAUUGCCACCAUCUUCCGUGCUAUUCUGGCAUUCGUUGCGCUGCAAGUACUGGCCCAGUUGAAAUGGAACUGGAUAUCUGGACGCUUCAGGCUGAUGGGCGACGUGCAGCGCUUCGACGAUGCUUCACGCGGCGCGUGGGGGUCACUGCAACUGCUACCGCUCGUGGCUUUACAUCAACCGCUGGCCGUGGUCGCCGUCAUUGUAGUUGUCGUGUCUCUAGCUGUCGGACCCAUGACGCAGCAGACAAUGCAGACCUACUAUUGCGCCCGCGUCGUCGAGGGACGUCCUGCUGCUAUUUCUGUGGUUAACCGCAUCGACGAGUCUCUCUAUUUUCAGGAGCGCCCAUCCGCAUUCGCCCUCCACGUUGGCUUACAGUCGGCUAUGCAAGACUCUAUCGUGAACCCAUCCAACGACUCCAACAUUGCUGCGCUCUUCACCUGCCCCUCCGGCAAUUGCACCUUUACUAUGUACUGCCUACGCAGACCAUCCAGGGCAGCCUGA